AUGAUAUCCGCGUCCCAGUCACAGCCGCAAUCCAAAUGGAACACCGACAGACUCGUCUGGCGCCUGGGCGCAGAUGCGACAAGCGCCGCAUGCGCCGGCGCCCUCAUCGCCCCCAUCAUCACCAUCAUUGACCGCUCUAUCAUGGAAAACGCCUCCGGCCGCAACUCCCUCGCCGCCUCCAUCCGCUCCUCCCUCACAACCCUCCUCACCCGCCCCCAGCUCCUCUUCUUCUCCCGCCCCUGCGCCCUCGUCUUCGCCCUCUACGGCGGCACCUACAUGACCGCCAACGCCCUCGACACCGCAGCCUCCACAAUCUCAAACCGCCCCGCAGGCUCCGUCACCUCCGGCCCCGGCAAGUUCGCCGCCUCGUCCGCCGCAAACGUCGGACUGUGCGUCUACAAGGACCAGGUCUUUGUGCGCCUCUUCGGGCCCCCCGGCGCCGUGCCUAGACCCGUUCCGCUGCCGAGCUAUGUUCUCUUUACUAUGCGCGACUGCUUGACCAUCUUUGCUUCUUUCAACUUGCCGCCGCUCUUGGCGCCGUGGAUGGACAACCGGCUGUCUGAUAAGAUGCGACGCUAUGUUUCGGGCUUGACGGCGGCGCAGUUCAUCGCCCCGGCCUCCGUCCAGCUCUUCUCUACGCCUGUACAUCUGCUCGGCCUGGACAUGUAUAACCGCCCAAAUGGUAGCUGGCGUCAGCGCUGGCAAGUCGUGCGGUCAAACUGGCUCAUCAGCACCGCCGCGCGCAUGUGUCGCAUCAUACCGGCGUUUGGCGUAGGCGGCGUCGUGAACACGAAGACGAGACGGCAUCUCAUGGAAAAGAUUGCAUAA